AAUCAAUGAAGUAAAAAACGAAUGGAUGGGUAAAUGAACCACACAAUUAAAUCGUCUCUGUUUCUUCUUCCUUGCUUUUCAUCAUCUUCGUAUUUUGGGUGAAUCCAAGCGUGAGCAGCGAGAGCUUCGGAAGAACCCAAGAGAGAGCCGCCUGCAAGGUGAAGUGUCUGGGGCCAACCAAUGCGGUGAUCCUCCUCCACGGCCGCUACGCCGGCCGCAAGGCCUUCAUCGUCGAGGUCGUCGACUACACUGCCUCAUCGCCGGAAUCAAGAAGUAGCCGAACAAGAAACAGAUCGUGUUUGAUUUAGAAUAUAUGGGUUUAGGAACUAUAUUUCGAUCGUGUUAAUUGAUGAGGAAGUCGGCAUAUAAUCACCGUUGCCGCCUGCAAACCUACCCAAAAAUUUCUUGCGCAGCCAAGCAAUUUAGCGUUUCAAACUUUCAAUCAUCAAUUGGAUUAGAUUCAACUGUACGUUUCGAAUUUGUCUGCACCUAUUCAACUGUUUCGAAUUUGUCUGCACCUAAUUAGAUGAGAUUGACCUGGAAGUUAUAGUUUUUCAACCUCCUUUUUUCAGUCAUAAUCCCAAGGUCUUUUGUUGUUGUUUGAUUACUUAACACUGGACAAUGGUCUUCUGCUUGAUGUGAAUUUGUAUGGCGUGGAAAAAUGGAAAUCCAGUCAUAAUUGCUUGGUGCUCUAGAAUUUAAAUAUCUUUUUCUUUGGUAUUAAUAAGCCUUCUCCAAAACCAGAUUCAGCUCGAUCGAAUGACAACGAUUUUUGGUUUUGAUUUUGAGGGAGAAAAUGAGAAGAGUUUUAUUUGGGUCUGAGAAUGAGGAGCUCCAGAGAGGGGAACAGAGACAAAGCAAGAGGAAAUAAAUAACUGAUGUUUCAAUUCAUUUCGAUUGCUGUAUCUAUGAAAAGUAAGGAAAUAGAAGAAAGCGUGGCCGUUACCGGAGCACAAGAGCACCGCCAAUGGUGACCGAGUCGCCGGAAAAUUGAAUGAGGGAGAUACAGUCGGGUCACAGUCGUUGCUCCGUGGGUCAAGAGAACGGGUCGGGAGACUUCUUAACAGGUAGAAGACUUGGGUAUAGACGACAUAUUAUAUUUUGAUCAACGGCUCAGACGAUUAACGGAAACAUAAAUCCUAACAGAGCGUGUUUACACGCGCUGUUAAAGAUCCCAGGUGGGCACCCACUUGGGUGGGUGGAAGAAGCUUCGGUCUUUAUUUAAAUUAAUUAGCCGGCCACUAUGCACAUAAGGACAUAGACAAUAGGGGGUUCAGCAAGACAAGCAUUAAAUUAGAACAAUAGUCAUAUGAACUAUAUAUUAAUCUUACAGCAGGUCCAUAUCAGAACGUUUUCUGGGGGAGGGAGAUAUUAUACAAGGACAUUGCAGACCGUAUUUUGGGGCACGGAGAUAUUAUUAACAGAGGCCAUUACCUUCUGUAUAUAAACAGUCUGAGUAGUCUUACCAUUUCACUACACCACCUCAUAUUCAUCAACUUUCAAAUCCUAGCCUACAAUGGAGUUCACCAACCAGAGCAAAUGUAUCUGCUUGGCCUUAAUCCUCAUGUUGGGAGCAUGGUCUUCGGAAGCCACCUCUCGUAGUCUCCAAGAUGCAUUAGCUUAUGGGAGGUAUGAGCAAUGGAUAGCUCGUUAUGGACGUGCAUAUAAUGAUAUCAAGGAGAAGGAGGACCGCUUCAAGAUAUUCAAGGAGAAUGAGGCAUUCAUAGAAUCUUCCAACAACAAUGGAAACAAACUUUACAAAUUGAGUCUGAACCAAUUUGCAGACCUUACAAAUGAAGAGUUCACUGCCUCAAGAAAUCGAUUCAAGGCACAUGAAUGUUCCACAAAGACGAAGACCACUACUUUCAAGUAUGAAAAUGCUACUGUGCCAACUACAAUGGACUGGAGAAAGAAGGGAGCUGUAACUCCCAUCAAGGACCAAGGCCAAUGUGGAAGUUGUUGGGCAUUCUCGGCAGUGGGAGCUAUGGAAGGAAUCACUCAACUUACAACUGGUAAACUAAUCUCUUUGUCUGAGCAAGAGCUUGUAGACUGUGAUGUCAAAGGUGUAGACCAAGGCUGUGCAGGUGGCCUUAUGGACGAUGCCUUUCAGUUCGUUAUUCAAAAUCAUGGUAUUAAUACCGAGGCUAAUUAUCCCUACACUGCUGCGGAUGGUACAUGCAAUGCCAAGAAGGAAGCAGGUCAUGCAGCCACAAUAACUGGCCACAAAGAUGUGCCUGCAAACAGCGAAAGUGCCCUUCUUAAGGCCGUGGCUAAUCAACCUAUCUCUGUUGCUAUUGAUGCUAGUGGAUCCGACUUCCAGUUCUAUUCAAGUGGUGUUUUCACAGGAACAUGUGGAACUGGUCUAGACCAUGGUGUUACCGCUGUUGGUUAUGGUGUGAGUGCUGAUGGGACAAAGUACUGGUUGGUAAAGAACUCAUGGGGUGCACAAUGGGGUGAAGAAGGUUACAUAAGAAUGCAAAGAGAUGUUGCUGCACCGGAAGGUCUGUGUGGUAUUGCCAUGGAAGCCUCUUACCCCACUGCGUAAUGCCCCAUUGCAAGCGAAUCGUAGCCUACUAUUAUUGUAGGUAUAUACUUAUAAUGAUGUGUACAUGUUGUGUGUAAUACAAAAAAAAAAAAAAAAAAAAAAACGGAUCAGUAAGAAAGUUGUAAGUUCCAUGAAAUAUAGAAACUAGUGUGGCCAAUGUAUGAAAUCAAACCAUUAUAUCAAUAGAAAAAAUAUAUAUUUGCUAUCUGCAAA